GUUUAGAAUAGUAAAACAAUCAAGGAAAGAAUUGAAAUCACUUUCUUUUUUUUUUAAACGUCGAAAGUAAUUGAAAUCAAUAAUGUCUCUUUCCUUGAUUACUGCUGGUUCGAUUCUUAUCUGCCCCGAUCUUCGUCUCCGCCAACCUCCCUCGUAUUUGACAAUCUCUUCAUCCCUGUCGUCCUUUAUUCUCCCUUCCAGUAAUCACCGCAAGAUCACACUCCCGGUCAAAGUCACCGCGAGAGGCGACAUGGAGACGGCGGCGGAGACUAUUUCCGGUGGUGUUCCCAACAACACGAUGAAGCUACUGUUCGUAGAGAUGGGUGUGGGUUACGAUCAACACGGGCAGGACGUGACUUCUGCGGCGAUGAAGGCGUGUAAGAAUGCAAUUUCUUCCAAUUCGAUUCCUGCUUUUAGAAGAGGUUCGAUUCCUGGAGUUUCAUUUGGAGAAAUGAAGUUACAGAUCAAGCUUGGAGUGCCUCGUUCUCUUCACCACCAGCUGGAUCUUGACAAGAUCAAGUCUAUUUUCCCCUAUGGAGAGAUUGUUAACGUGGAGGUGGUGGAUGGAGGACUGAUCUGCUCAAGUGGCGUUCUAGUUGAAGAAAUGGGUGAUAAAAACGAGGACUGCUACAUUGUGAAUGUCGCCGUUUACGUUGGCUACUAGUGUCUCUUGUUUCUUUGGGUAUUUGAGUUAAAACAAAUGUCGUAGUGGAAGAAGAUAGGUGAAAGGGAUAACUUUGCAGUCACUUUUUGUUUUUAGAACAAAAUGUUUGUUUCUCACUAUCUGAAUUUCAGUUUAAACAUUGAAUCAUAGAAACAAAUGUUUCAGUCUUAGCUCUACGCCUGGACAUUUAGGUUUUUGGAUCAAGUUUGGGUCGGUUCUAAUCGGAUCCAAGUUUUUUGGAUCGAAGAGUUUUGGACUCAGAGGAUGAUAUAUAUGUAUUUUGAUUGGCUUUCAAGGUUGUUCUUGAUUUGGGUUUCAA